AUGGCGGCCCCCUACCCCGGCGGCGGCGGCGGCGGCGGCGAGCUCAAGUGCGGGGCAGGUCGCGGCCGCAGCGUCCCGUGGGACUUUCUGCCGGGGCUGGUGGUCAAGGCCCCGCCCGGACCCUGCCUGCAGGCGCAGCGCAAGGAGAAGUCCCGGAACGCGGCGCGCUCGCGGCGCGGAAAGGAGAACCUGGAGUUCUUCGAGCUGGCCAAGCUGCUCCCGCUGCCCGGAGCCAUCUCGAGCCAGCUGGACAAGGCGUCCAUCGUGCGCCUCAGCGUCACCUACCUCCGCCUGCGCCGCUUCGCCGCCCUCGGGGCGCCGCCCUGGGGACUGCGGGCCACGGGGCCACCGGCCGGCCUGGCCCCAGGCCACCGGGGGCCCAUGGCGCUGGUCUCCGAAGUCUUUGAGCAGCACCUGGGUGGACACAUCUUACAGUCCCUGGAUGGCUUCGUGUUUGCCUUGAACCAGGAAGGGAAGUUCCUCUACAUCUCGGAGACCGUCUCCAUUUAUCUGGGCCUCUCGCAGGUGGAGCUGACGGGUAGCAGCGUCUUCGACUACAUCCACCCCGGGGACCACUCGGAGGUGCUGGAACAAUUGGGCCUCCGGACCCCCACCCCCGGGCCUCCCACCCCGCCCUCCGUGCCCUCCUCUUCCUCCUCCUCGUCUUCGUCCUCGCUUGCGGAUACCCCUGAGAUCGAGGCCAGCGCCGCGGAGGCGCCUCCCUUCUCCCGGGUCCAGGAGCGCUCCUUCUUCAUCCGCAUGAAAUCCACCCUCACCAAGAGGGGGCUGCACGUCAAGGCCUCGGGGUACAAGGUCAUCCACGUGACGGGGCGCCUUCGGGCCCGCUCCCUGGGCCUUGUGGCUCUGGGCCACACCUUGCCCCCCGCCCCACUGGCCGAGCUGCCACUACACGGACACAUGAUCGUCUUCCGUCUCAGCCUGGGUCUCACCAUCCUUGCUUGUGAGAGCAGAGUCAGCGAUCACAUGGACCUGGGGCCCUCAGAGCUCGUGGGUCGCAGCUGCUACCAGUUUGUCCAUGGACAGGAUGCAGCCAGGAUCCGCCAGAGCCACCUGGACCUGCUGGACAAGGGGCAGGUGAUGACCGGUUACUACCGCUGGCUGCAACGGGCUGGGGGCUUCGUGUGGCUGCAGUCCGUGGCCACCGUGGCUGUGAGUGGGAAGAGCCCCGGGGAGCGCCACGUGCUCUGGGUCAGCUAUGUGCUCAGCCAAGCCGAGGGUGGCCAGACCCCCCUGGAUGCCUUCCAGCUUCCAGCCAGCGUGGCCUGUGAGGACAUAUCCAGCCCAGAGCCAGAGCCCACAGAGCCAGAGCCUCCAGCAGAAGGGAAGCAAGCUGCCCCGCUAGACAAGGAUGAGGCUCCCCGGAGCCGGGGCAAACGCAUCAAAGUGGAGCCUGGCCCAGGGGAGGCUAAAGACCCAGAGGACAGUGGAGACGAGGAGCCAUCCAGCCACCCAGCCCUGCCGAGGCCUGAGUUCACUUCUGUUAUCCGGGCAGGGGCCCUGAAGCAGGACCUGGUGCGGCCCUGGGGCCUGGGGCCUCCCGGAGACCCCCCACCUUCCCUCCUCCAUGCCAGCUUCCUGCCCCCCGUCGUGCGGGGCCUGUGCACCCCCGGCGCCAUCCGCUACGGUCCUGCGGAGCUGGGCCUCAUGUACCCACACCUCCAGAGGCUGGGCCCGGGCCCCACCCUCCCCGAGGCCUUCUACCCGACCCUGGGCCUGUCAUACCCGGGGCCCACAGGCACCAGGGUGCAGCGGAAGGGGGACUGAGGACUCCAGAGCUGCCUACAGAGCCAGACCCUGAGGGACAGGUGGCGCCCCGAGGGCACUGCGAUGAGGCUCUCAGUCCUGUACGCCAUCCCAGGAAAUUAAACACCAUCUCCCCCUCUG